AUGCUGACUGAUGGAUGUUUGUACACUGAAACCUAUCUUAAGGACGAAAAGGAUGUGGAGCAGCUCCUGCAGUACUUCUGGAGGCUCAAGUCAGGGGAGGGUUCCCCUUCUGAGGGUUCUCUGCAUGCACCUAGCAGAGUUGCAGCCAAAGUGCUGGCUGCCUGCUUGCUACCAAACCAAGAGCGUGACUUAGUGCAGGUGUUCAAGAUAGAUGAGUUGGUAAAGGCAGGAGUGAAGCUUAAAGAAGCUGGAAGGAAUGCUGUGGAGAAGGAAGCUAUAGCAGCCCGUCUGGUGUCUCUGCAGCUCCAGGACGCGGCUGCGGAGUUACAAUUGCUAAAGGAAACAUAUUGGCUGAUGCUCGUAGAUCCGAUGACUCUGGAACAGGAGGAUUUGGAUGAGAGACUGCACACGUACAAAGAAGUGCUUUGCAGCGGCAUACAAGACAAACAGCGGGAACUGAAGGCGAGCUAUCUGGGCCUUUUUUCUACAGCAGCAGGAACGACAACAACCGCAGGAACAGCAACAUCGGCACCAGGGGAAGAAGAGGUGCCGUCCAGGGGCCGGCAGAAUACGUUUUCCCUACUGCAGCCAGGAGAUCGGCAACCGUCUGAAGAACUUGCAGCACUACUCAAGCAGUUGAGUGCAGAUCGCCAGGCAGCAGAGCGACUAUCUGCUUCCUUUCAGGAGGCCAUCCACGCAAUGAAGACCAGCAGUACCACCAGCACCAGCGGCGGCAACGGUAGCAGCAGCAGCAAGUGGGAGCGAGCCAUGAAGCCAAUGAUAGAAGGGGUUGUGGGGGAGUUGAUGCGUCUAGCGGCAGACAAGACCGAGGCUGAGAAGACACAGCUGCUGCAUGAGGUGGUGCGGCUGGCGGGUCAGGCCCACGCGGAGGUGCAGGCAUCAACCGAAGCGACUGGGCCUACCAGCAGCAGCAGUAGAGCAGCAGCAGUAAGAAGAAGGCAGAAGCAGCAGCAAGGAACGCAGCUCUUAGAACUUCUCCAAGACAGGUGCUUGCAAAGAGGCAAAAUUGCAGCAUCUGGGGCUGUGAGGCCAGCGGACCGCCUUGUGGUGUACGGAUUAGAAGAUGUAGAGGAAAUGGUUGCCCCAUUUUUUCUCCCUUCUCUCCGCAGCAGCCGCAGGAGUAGUAGUAAUAGUAGUAGCAGCAGGAGCAGCAGGGAGGAUGCGCUGAUGAUUGACAGGUCGCUGGAUGUGGAUUCUCCCAUAGUGUUGGAUAUAGCAGCAAGAAAAGGGUCUCUUGAGGAGCAGAGACAAUUUAUUAAUGCAGUGUGGUGGGCAGUGAAGAAGGAGACACUUCUUGCAGAGACGAAUAAAUCGUUCCGCUGUCCCCGUACACCUGAAGGAGACCACACACACACGGACGGGUAUCCCUGCAACUGGGAGGAGCUACAGGAGACGAUCCAGCUGCUCCUCAACAAGCUGCAGAGACAACUGGAGAGUCUGUGGGGAGAAUUGGGGCCUUUCUUUACUGCGCGCAUGCGGGCUUUUGGAGUUGUGGGGCUUGAUAUCGAGAGUGCAGCAGCCAAUGCAGAUUGCCGCAUGGUGUAUAAUGAGCUGCAGCCACUCCAGGAGUUAGUGUCUGUGCAAAACAAAUGGAUGGUCAAAGACAAACUAAAAAAGCGAGAGGCACCAAAUAGCAGACGCCACAGAGAAAUUUCCCCCCCAUGGGCACAUACCGAACCAACGUGUAUUAAUCCGCCCAAUGCAGCAGCAGCAGCAGCUGUCGCUGCUGCUGCUGCUGCUGCUGCCGCUGCCACCGGAGUUCCACAACAAACCAUCCAGCAGCGCUACUACCACACAGACAAACCUCGCACCGUCCGAAACGAAGACUGGAGCUAA